CAAUAGUCUAACAACAGAUAAUCUACAUUUUAUUAACUCUCAUCAGAACUAACAUCUACAAAAGGCGUUAAGAAAAAUGCGAUAACAUACGCAACUAAACAAAGCAUGGUCGGCUUUAAAAUGUGGGGCACAUAAUGUACCCAAUGGUGCAACGUCAACGUGACCAGCAACACCAAAAACCGAACCAAACUCGGAACCGCGCAGGCCUUCUAGAGCAGCAACCGACCGUGUCCGUAAUAUCCCGAGGCCGUUUCCAGCAGCACGACGUUCUCGAGCCGUUGCAAGAGGUAUCCGUUGCGCAGCAAGAACUCACGGACGACGACGAGGAAGAGCAGAGGCUGCCGAAGAGACCGUUGCACAGGAGAUUUUUCACUUACGUCAGAGAGGCGUGGACGGGAGUCAAGUCAGCCUUAGGAUAUACCUUAUAUGAUCGGAAGAGAACUAAAGAAAUAAGAAAAACAUGUAAAAUAUGGGAUGUAGCCAGAUGGACAAGAAACAGGAGAAGAGAGUGGAGAGACCAUGUGGAUGAACAAUACAAAACGGCUCCUAAGAAUAACAGAAAUACGAACACUUACAAGAUUAUAUUACAAUUACAGGAUAUACCUUAUAUGACCGGAAGAGAAUUGAAAAAAUAA